AUGUCAUCUCCCCCAACUGCUUCCUCCGCUACCACCUACAGCGGCUGGGGCCCCUUCUCCACCUUGACCAGUAAGCACAGCGUCCGUUGCCUCCUGGUGGCCGCCUCGCCCCAUGUGGAGACCUACAUGCGGGCGUUGGUACAGCUUCAACUGCCACCGGCGGCGCGUGGCGGAGAGGCACUCAAGGAGUCUUUCCUAGUCCCCUAUCAGGGGGCCCAUUACUGGGUGCACUACUCUACCGGGGAGGCCCGGUGUUACCUCUAUCAGGCGACGGGGCACGUUAGGAGGGACUGCCCCUUGGCCUGGCAUGGAGGAGUGCCCAGGACCCCUGAUCCCUGGCAGGGUGCCAGCUCCUCCUCCUUCUCAUCCCAUCACUGCUCCCACUCGGGCCUCGGGGUACCUCCUCCCGUGUGCCUAGACGAGCGGGAGAGCCCUGCCUCUGCUGCCUGCACUCUCUGCGGCAGGGUACCUCCCCGAGUCCCCAAACUGUCAUCCCUGCCCCCCGACCCAACCCCUGUCGACCAGUCCAUAGGCGAUGCCAUUGAGGGCUGGACCCGAGUGCAGGGUAAGCGGGGCAAGCAGAAGGCUCGAGCUCCUCUCGUGCCACCUGAUGCGGAAGCCCCCCAUAAGACCAGAAACGGGGCCACAGACACCAAGCCUUCCACCUUGCCCAUGGGGUCGGUCCAUCUGCCAGUGCCGGUUAGGGAAGACAUGGCAGCACCAGAGGGUACCACCAUCCCUCCUAUGCAGUCCCUCCCUGCAGAGGCACUGGAUGAGGCCCCUUCUGUUCCCUUGCCAACUGUGUCCCCUGCAAAACCUGAGGUGAGCGUCACCUCGGGCACUAGUGGGGAGGACCCCGGGGUGGUGGGAGUGAUCCAGGAGCGCACGGAGCAGCUGUGCAGCCAGUGGCGCUGCCUUCGCGGGCAGGCCGAGGAGCGGGAGCGGUGGCUCAGGGGCCUGUUGGUGCUGGCCGAGCGGUUCUGGCAGGGGCUCACUGAGCUGGCUCUCAGCCUCACAGACACCCAGCAGAUGGUGCUGGACUUGGAGGAAGCCAGCUCCGACCCUGAAGCCGUCCGGGCGCGGCUCUGCACCAUGCAGGCGCUGCGAGAGGAAAUCGACGUGCUGCAGAACGACCUGGACACACUGGGCAUCCUGGGUGUGGAGCUGAUGUCGUCCUGCGGUGACCCGGACAAACCAGAUGUUACCAAGAGCCUGGACGAUCUCUACUCGUCCUGGCACAGCCUGAGCAAGGUGUGGACGGAGCGGCAGGGCCGCCUGCAGGAGCAGCUCCAGGCCUCGCUACGCUACCAGAAGGCCAUGCAGGGGCUCUGUGACUGGCUGGCCACGGCCGAACUGCGCAUGGCGGAGGAGUUCCUGGUUGGGGGGGACCUGGAGCUGGUGAGGCAUCAGCUGGCGGAGCUGAAGGAGUUCAAGAGGGAGCUGUACCAGUGCAAGGUGGAUGUGGAGAGCCUGCGGCACCAUGCGGGGGCUGAGGACAGAGGCCCCCCAGCUUUGCUGAGUGACUUUCGCCAGCGCUGGGAUUGCCUGGAGGAGGAGAUUGUCAGCCGCCAGCACCAGCUGGAAGCGGCGCUCCUGGGUUUGGGGCAAUUCCAGAACCAGCUGGAGGAGCUGCUACAGUGGAUUUCCCACACGGCAGAACAGCUGCAGGGCCAGACCCCGCUGAGCUUGGAUCUGCAGAGCUGUGAGAUCGAGCUGGCCAAGCACAAGGUGCUGAGAAAUGAUGUCAUGUCCCACGCCCGGACUGUCCAGUCUGUGAACGAGGUCGGCCAGGGGCUGCUGCUCUCCAGCCUUGGGGACAGCACGGACUCGCUGCAGUGCAGCCUCCAGCAGCUCAACCAGCGCUGGGACUUUGUGCGGAGUGAGACGGAGAACCGCCAGCUGGAGCUGGAGAACAACCUCAGCCAGGUCCAGGACGUCACGCUAGAGAUCAUGGACCUGCUGCAGUGGCUGGAGCACGUGGAGCUGCGGCUCUUCUUCUCCAAGCCUGUCUGGGACCACCCUGAAACCACCAAGGAGAAGCUGGCAGCGCACCUGGAGCUGGCCAAAGAGCUGGAGUCCAAGCAGCAGGCGUAUAACAGCGUGAGGGACCGGCUGCAGCGCCUGCUGGCCUCCUGCAGCCUGCCCCGGGCCUGCAGCACCGAGCACAGCCUGCGCAUCCUGCAGCAGAAAUGGGAGAGCGUCCACAGCCAGGUCCAGGAGAGGAAGGAGCGGCUGGCGGAGGGGCUGACUCUCAGCACUGAGUUCCACAGCACGGCGCAGGAGCUGCUGCAGUGGCUGGGGCAGAUGGAGGAGAGCCUGAGUGCCCCGGAGCAGCCCAGCUUCUUGCUGGAGACGGUCCUCCGGCAAGUCCAGGAGCACAAGGUGUUGUUGAAGGAGGUGACCGCCCACGGGGAGCAGCUGUCCAGCCUGGAGGCGGUGGCCGCUCGCCUGAAGAAUGUGAGCAGGAAGCAGGACUGUGCUGUGAUCCAGAGCCUGGUGCUGACGGCCAAGGAGCGGGUGGCCAAGGUGCUCCGGUGUACUGGUGAGCGGGGCGCCGCGCUGGAGGAUGCUCGCAAGCGUGCCAAGCAGUUCAGUGAGUCCCGGCAGCUGCUCCUGGACUGGAUGGAUGAGGUGGAGCAGACUCUGGAGAUCCCCGGCGAUGCUGCCAUGAGCCAGGAGGAGAUCAAGUGCCAGCUGGCUGAGCACAAGGUGUGGCGUCACACCCAGAGAGCCGAGUCCUCAAGUCGGGCCCUGUUGGGCGCCGGUCGCCUGCCACGACGCUCGCCCCCGCCCCGUGAGGCCCCCCCCUCGACGCCGGGCGUGCCACGCCAAGACUACGGCCAGUCGCACUCGGCGGCCGCUCACUCCCCUCGUGACCUGCGCUGGGCCGUUUACGGGGAGCUGAUGGACGCCUACGGGAAGGGCGUUCAGGUCCAUAUCGAGAGCGCCGCGCUGCUCAGCGUCUUUGAGGCAGGCUCCCUCUAUGAACAGACAAGAGCGGCGCCUGCCGCCGCCGAUCGCCUGCGCUGCCCACGCGAUUCGCGCGCAGCUCGCCCCUCGGAUCCCGUCUUGCGCGCGGACCAAGACCCGCAGUCUCGCCCGCCCGGACUGCGGCCACGAGCCUCCGGCCGACUGUCCAGUCUAGGCUGGUCCUCCCGUUGCCGCCCCCGCGAGCCCGCUGCCUCCUGUCCCGCUACCCGAGCGCCUGUGGGCAUCAUGGCAGCGCUCCUCAAGCGAGAGCGCUUAGUGAACGUCCGCGACUGCCUUAGGGGGCCUUGGUGGCGCGGCGCUGGGCCUUAG